AUGAACAGCCAUUCGAACGACAUCGACUACAGUAACGGGUACAUGGAACCGGAAGAGGAAUGGGAACGGGAAGGGCUGUUGGACCCAGCGUGGGAAAAACAACAGAAAAAGACCUUUACGGCAUGGUGCAACUCGCACUUGCGCAAAGCAGGCACAGCCAUCGAGAACAUUGAAGAGGACUUCCGCAACGGGCUCAAACUCAUGUUGCUCCUCGAAGUGAUUUCUGGCGAGACGUUACCAAAACCCGAUAGAGGUAAAAUGCGCUUCCACAAGAUUGCCAAUGUCAACAAAGCACUAGACUUCAUAGCCAGCAAGGGCGUGAAAUUGGUAUCGAUCGGUGCAGAAGAAAUUGUUGAUGGAAAUUUAAAAAUGACUCUGGGUAUGAUAUGGACGAUCAUCUUGAGGUUCGCCAUCCAAGACAUAUCCGUGGAGGAGAUGACUGCCAAGGAGGGUCUGUUGCUGUGGUGCCAACGCAAGACAGCCCCGUACAAGAACGUCAACGUGCAAAACUUCCAUCUCAGUUUCAAGGAUGGUUUGGCCUUCUGCGCCCUCAUUCACCGUCACCGCCCCGAUCUCAUCGAUUACCAUAAGCUGUCUAAGGACAAUCCCCUGCAGAAUUUGAAUACUGCGUUCGAUGUCGCCGAGAAGUACUUGGACAUACCUCGCAUGUUGGACCCUGAAGAUUUGAUAAAUACUCCGAAACCGGACGAACGCGCGAUCAUGACCUAUGUGUCGUGUUAUUACCACGCAUUCCAAGGGGCGCAACAGGCCGAGACCGCAGCAAACAGAAUUUGCAAAGUACUAAAAGUGAAUCAAGAGAACGAACGUUUGAUGGAGGAAUACGAACGUUUGGCUAGUGAUCUUCUGGAAUGGAUCAGGCGUACAUUGCCGUGGUUGCAGAGCCGACAGGCUGACAAUUCAUUGUCCGGUGUGCAGAAAAGGCUCGAAGAAUACCGCACUUACAGACGUAAACAUAAGCCCCCACGCGUAGAACAGAAAGCCAAGCUUGAGACAAACUUUAACACGCUGCAAACAAAAUUGCGUUUAUCCAACAGGCCUGCAUACAUGCCAACUGAAGGAAAAAUGGUUUCCGACAUUGCCAAUGCAUGGAAAGGUCUUGAACAGUCAGAAAAGUCAUUUGAAGAUUGGCUGUUGUCCGAAAUGAUGAGAUUAGAACGUUUAGAACAUUUGGCACAAAAGUUCAAAGCAAAGGCUGACACUCACGAAGAUUGGACACGUGGCAAAGAAGAGAUGUUGCAGAGCUCUGACUUCAGGCAAUGCAAGCUAAAUGAUCUGAAGGCUUUGAAAAAGAAACAUGAAGCUUUUGAGAGUGACUUAGCUGCACAUCAAGACAGAGUCGAGCAGAUAGCAGCUAUUGCACAUGAAUUAAAUUCUUUGGAAUACCAUGAUAGUACAAGCGUAAAUAUACGCUGUCAACGUAUUUGUGACCAAUGGGACAGAUUAGGUAGCUUGACACAGAAACGCAGAACUGAUUUGGACGAUGCAGAAAAAAUAUUGGAGAAAAUUGAUAUAUUGCAUUUGGAAUUUGCUAAGAGAGCAGCUCCAUUCAACAACUGGUUGGAUGGUACACGUGAAGAUUUAGUGGACAUGUUCAUUGUACACACUGUUGAGGAAAUUCAAGGAUUGAUUGAUGCACAUGGACAAUUUAAGGCUACUUUGUCUGAUGCUGACAAAGAAUACAAUUCUAUCAUUGGACUGGUCAAAGAUGUUGAGUCAACUGUACAAAAAUACCAAAUACCUGGUGGUCUUCAGAACCCGUACACUACUUUGACUUCUAGUGAUUUAAGUAAAAAAUGGUCUGAAGUGAAACAUCUAGUGCCCCAAAGAGACACGACCCUCCAAGCUGAACUCAGAAAACAACAAAACAAUGAGAUGCUACGUCGUCAAUUUGCGGAGAAGUCAAAUCAAGUGGGUCCUUGGAUUGAGAGGCAAAUGGAUGCUGUUACGGCCAUCGGUAUGGGAUUGCAAGGUUCUCUGGAAGAUCAAUUGCACCAAUUGAAACAAUACGAACAGAAUGUGUUUGCAUAUAAGCCACAUAUUGAGGAAUUAGAGAAAAUCCACCAAGCUGUACAAGAGGGUAUGAUCUUCGAAAACAGGUAUACUCAAUACACAAUGGAGACACUACGUGUUGGAUGGGAACAACUAUUGACAUCCAUAAACCGCAAUGUGAAUGAAGUAGAAAACCAGAUAUUGACCAGAGACUCCAAGGGUAUAACUCAGGAACAACUUAAUGAAUUUAGGGCUAGCUUCAAUCAUUUUGACAAGAACCGUACUGGCCGAUUGGCUCCUGAAGAAUUUAAAUCAUGCUUGGUGUCAAUUGGAUAUAGUAUUGGAAAGGAUAGACAGGGUGAGAUUGAUUUCCAACGCAUAUUAGCCGUAGUUGAUCCCAAUAGUACUGGAUACGUACACUUUGAUGCUUUCUUGGACUUUAUGACUCGAGAAUCCACAGAUACUGACACUGCUGAACAAGUGAUUGAUUCGUUCCGCAUUCUGGCAGGCGACAAGCCAUACAUUUUGUCCGAUGAACUAAGGAGAGAACUUCCACCAGACCAGGCGGAAUACUGUAUACAGCGCAUGGCUCCAUACAAGGGUGUCAAUGCUGUACCAGGAGCCCUGGACUACAUGUCGUUUUCAACUGCCUUAUAUGGGGAGUCGGAUCUGUAA